GCGCCGAGUUUCCGUCAUUGCGAUAUUUCUGGAUUCUGGCACGGCAAUUUCCCAAUUUUCAGUUGUGUCCAAACCAUGAUCGCGCCAUGACCGAACGAUUGCGAGCGUCUUCCGUGGGCUACAAUAGCCCCAAGAUGGAGAGCGACCUCAGCCCACGCAAGACCAUGCUGGUCCUGGUCAUCGUCGUGGGCUGCUUUGCGGUCCUAUGGCCCAAAGUCUUCUAUCCCAUGCUGGUAGGCUCCGCCAACCAACACAUCAAGCCAAGUCCCAUCGACAAGGCCACAGGAUGCUGCGAUGUAAUAUCCGAAACUGACAUAAACACAAUUAAAAUCAUGUCGGAGUUAUGCUCAUCUAUAAUAAACUCGACAAACGGCAAAGAGAUCGUCCAGAAAUGCCGCCAAAAGGUCCUCGAGACCUGCGGAAUCGACAUUUCGAUCGUUUUGCAAGAACAAGUUAGAUUAGGACGAAAUCUUAAGCAAAUUCUAGAUCAGAUAAGGUCACUGAAUGGUUCGCUCUGCUUGAAAUACAACUACGGGGUUGAUCCAUGGCGACUCGGGGUGGCACACAGAGUGACCGUGAAAGUGGCUUCAGAUGCUCCCAAUAUAAGGCAAGAACGGCCGCACCAUUUGAGGUCGGAGUUGAUCCAUCCAGCUUUCAGGGAAAGAGGAAGGGCCAUUCCUCAGCCGCAGACGGCGCCACCGGCACGGCCACCGCCGAGGGUUGUAGAAGGAAGACCCGGUCCCAUCCCGGGGAUGCGGCCCACCAUCGGUGGAGCGGGCCACGUGGUGCCGCCUUCCAAGCAGGGUACAAGCAGCAUGAGCGUCAUCAUGCCCAUCUAUACCAUCGGAAUCGUGAUUUUCUUCACUUACACACUCAUGAAAAUAAUUUUCAAAAAACAACCGCAAGGUGUCGGGGGCACGCUCUACCCACCUGUUGACCCAGACCCGCACUUCCGAAAGGAAGUCUUUGAAUCGGAAUCGAGUCGUUUAGGGCCGCGUCUCACCCGAGAAAACAUUUCGAGCAAAUUGGGAUGGAUAGAACGUGAUGCAAGAGACGCAGAGCUGGACCAACUACGCCAACGUCUGCGUGAAACCGAAUUAGCCAUGGAACGCAUCGUUGAACAAAUGUCUAAAGUGCCUCUGAAAGCUCAGGAUUUGGUAAAUGGGAAUUUAUCAAACGGGGACGUUGUUAAACCCCACGACGAUGAACAACCCACAGUUAAAGUUUUGGGAAUGGAAAUGACGGCAAGUUGUGAAGGCGGGAAAAAAUGGUCAAGGCCUGGAUCACCAGUUCUCCCAACACCAUCACCGCUGCCGCCUCCAGAACCAGCUCCGCCACCACAGGAGAUUUAUUUGGAAGGCGCUCUUCCCGCUCAAUCCCAACUCUUGGUUGCUGAUUCCGCCAUCGAGCCGGAACCCAGUUCCGGGGAAAACCCGGCUGUGGUGCUUUCCGGAAAAAUGACUUUGUCUGUUAUAAGCCCCGAUUCGGAGAAUGGCGUUGAAGAAAUGGAAAAUGAUACAAGUCUACAAAAAAGUGAAGAAACACGAACUAAAGGAAAUAACGAAGUUGUGGAUCAGAUAAAACUUAGCCCCGAAAGGAAUGUUGAAGAAACAAAAAAUGUACAAGAAGUCGAAAAUUUUGCUGUUGAAGAAAUAAAAAAUGAUUCGAGUAUACAGAUAAGAGAAGAAAUCGGAGAAAAAACACCAGAGGAAGAACGGCCGAAACUCGAGCUUGAAAAAGAUGUUGAGGAUUUCUUGAAGAAAAUACAAGCACAAAACGAAAUUCAAACACCUUCUAUAACCUUUGCUAGCGACGAUUUAAACGAAAUGCUCGAAGUUGAAGAAUUAGAAAAAGAAGUUGAUGGUUUGAUCCAAGAGGCUAUCGAAAAUAUUCAACAAAGGGUUGAACCGAACGAAAUUAACGAAAAUUCGGAUCAAAAUAAUUUAGAUUUAAUUGACGAAAAAUCUAAUAAUAUUGAAAGUUUCAUCAAUCUUGAACAAAAUCAACAAAAUUUAGAGGAAACAAAACUGGUAAUUUCAAAACCUAUUCAUAAUGAUAUCAAUAUGGAAAUUGCUUCUGAGCAGUCAAAACCUGUUGAAGACCCAAUACAAAAGUGCCAAAUACAAAACAAACCAAAUGAAGAAAUAAUAAAACACAACGAAGAAACAGAGACGAAUGAAAGCAAGCUUGAUGAACCCCUCGCGAAUGAGGAACUCGGCAGUGAUGAAGAAGUCGAAGAAAUCGAAGAAAUAGUAUACGAGGAAGAAACUGAAGAUGAAGAAGAAGAAGAAAUUGAAAUAGAAGUAGAAGAAAGCGACGAAGAAAUUCCAAACGAUGUGAAUCUUAAUAGAACAGAAUCCAGUUUUGUUCAAAGAGUGAACGGAGAGAGGAGUGAAGAUUUUGUUGAUGAAUCGAAAUACACCUCCGUUAGUGGCGCUACAGCGGCAGAAAAUGAUAUUUCUGAUGAAGAACUGACAGAUGAAGAAGUUGAAGAAGAGGAAAUUAUUGAAGUUGAGGAAGAUGAAGAAAAUGACGUAAAUCACGUUUCUGAUGAUUCAGAACCAGAACUUUAAGAUGCUCAGAUUUAAAAAAUGACAGCUUUUAAGAAUAACUUUUCAUAAUCUGUUUUUGUGUGAGUAGAUUUUAUUGAAUUACCGAUUUUAUAACUUAUUUCUUAUUAAUAUAUUAUAUAAUCAUGGGUUAUAGUCUAUUCUUAUUAUAAUAGUCUGAUGAAAUAUUUAUAUAGUGAUGUUUCUGUUAUAACACAACGUGUUGGUAAUGUUUGUUAUUGUUGCCCAUAACAGUACAAAAAAAUAUUUCACUAAAUCAAUAAACUGAUUUAUUUAAAA